AUGGAAACAGAGCAAGUUUUGUCUUUCUCUGUAGCUUCUAUGAUUGAAGAUAUUCUUCAACAACAUGGUGCCCGAUUCAGCGAUAGGGGCUUGGCUUCAAGGAAGGCUGGGGAAGCUUCCUUGAGAAGAUAUGAAGCAGCCGGGUGGCUCAGAAAGACGGUUGGAGUUGUUGGGGGUAAAGAUUUACCAGCCGAGCCUUCCGAAGAAGACUUCAGGCUCGGAUUGCGAAGUGGGAUAAUCCUUUGCAAUGUUCUUAACAAAGUUCAGUCUGGAGCUGUGCCAAAGGUGGUUGAGGCCCCCUGUGAUUCCGUUAUUGUUCCUGAUGGGGCAGCGUUAUCUGCUUACCAGUACUUUGAAAAUGUUAGAAAUUUCCUUGUAGCUGUGGAAGAUUUGGGGCUUCCUACCUUUGAAGCCUCCGAUUUGGAACAGGGAGGAAAAUCUGCAAGGAUUGUGAACUGUGUUCUAGCACUCAAAUCAUAUAGUGACUGGAAACAAGGAGGUGGGCUUGGAUCAUGGAAACUUGGUGGAAAUUUGAAACCACCUACCUGUGGGAAACCCUUUCUAAGAAAAAAUUCAGAACCAUUCAUGAAUUCUUUCUCAAGGACAAUAUCACCGAGUGAGAAGUCUCUAGAGAGUUUGUGUAGUGAUCUAUCUUCAUACAGUGAUCUCAGUCAUGACCUCAAUGAAGGAGUUAGUGAGGGAUCAUCUCGUUGCUUAAAUAUGCUAGUCCGUGAAGCUCUUUCCGAUAGAAAGCAUGAAGACAUUCCAAUUAUUGUGGAAACUAUGCUUAAUAAAGUCAUAGAGGAGUUCGGGCGCCGCUUAGCAAGCCAAAAUGAACUGAUGAAAACAACUGUGAAAGAUAUGGGAAUAUCUGACGUUGACAAUUCUCUUUCGGAAACUGCUGAUGAUGAUAUGAAGAUGAAUGAGAAACCUGCCACACAAGACAAAGAGGAGGAAUGUUAUGACGAGAACUGUGAUCUUGAUGAGGGAUCAAAAAGUCAAUUCUCAAUCCAGCAUAAGUUGGUUGAACAACAACAAAGAGAUAUUCUGGAACUGAAACACAUUCUUCAUAGUACUAAAUCAGGCAUGAAGUUUUUGCAGAUUAAGUACCAGGAGGAAUUCAGCAAUCUAGGUAAGCACUUACAUGGUCUAGCUAAUGCUGCUUCCAAAUACAAGAGUGUUCUUGAAGAAAACCGCAAGUUAUACAAUCAAGUGCAGGAUCUAAAAGGAAAUAUUAGGGUAUACUGCCGAGUGAGGCCUUUCCUGCCUGGGCAACCAAACGGUUUGAAUGCUGUGGGUCACAUUGAUGAAGGAAAUAUUACGAUUAUCGCCCCUUCAAAAUAUAGCAAAGAGGGACGGAAGUCAUUCACUUUUAACAGAGUAUUUGGUCCUUCUGCAAGCCAAGAGGAGGUAUUUUUAGACACGCAGCCUCUGAUUCGGUCUGUUCUUGAUGGUUAUAAUGUUUGUAUAUUUGCUUAUGGCCAAACAGGAUCAGGGAAAACUUAUACUAUGAGUGGACCCAAUGAGCUUACAGAGGAAGGCCUAGGUGUAAAUUAUAGAGCAUUGGGUGAUCUGUUUCUUCUCUCAGAACAGAGGAAAGACAUUAUUUCCUAUGAUAUUUCUGUUCAGAUGCUUGAAAUUUACAAUGAGCAAGUUAGGGAUCUCCUUGUGACAGAUGGUUUCAACAAAAGAUUAGAAAUUCGUAACAGUUCUCAAAAUGGAAUCAAUGUACCUGAAGCAAACCUGGUACCUGUUUCAUCAACAUCUGAUGUUAUAAAUUUGAUGAAUCUUGGGCAAAAGAAUCGUGCCGUGGGUGCUACAGCCAUGAAUGAUCGGAGUAGUCGUUCUCACAGCUGCCUUACAGUUCAUGUUCAAGGAAGAGACCUGACAUCUGGAUCUAUUCUUCGUGGCUGCAUGCAUCUGGUUGAUCUGGCAGGGAGUGAAAGGGUUGACAAAUCUGAAGUGACGGGAGAUAGAUUAAAGGAGGCACAACAUAUUAACAAGUCUCUUUCUGCCUUAGGAGAUGUUAUUUCCUCUCUUGCACAAAAGAAUUCACAUGUUCCUUAUAGGAACAGCAAACUCACACAGCUGCUCCAAGAUUCACUUGGAGGGCAAGCGAAGACACUCAUGUUUGUUCACAUUAGUCCUGAGCCUGACGCGGUUGGAGAAACAAUUAGUACACUCAAAUUUGCUGAAAGGGUUUCCACCGUUGAGCUUGGUGCUGCUCGGGUUAACAAAGAUGGUGCCGAUGUGAAGGAGCUUAAAGAACAGAUUGCUAAUCUUAAAGCAGCCUUAGCAAGGAAGGAGGGGGAAACAGAGAGACCUCAACAUGUUACAUAUCGCAGCCCAGAACGAGUGAAAAUUAAGUCAUGCGGUUCUUCUCCUUCCCAUCCCAGUUGGAAAAGUGUUGGAGAUCUCCCUGGGGGUCGUAGGCAACCAAUGGAGGAUGUUGGUAACUUAGAGGAUCGGAAUCACUCUGAACUAAAGCCGAAAAGACGAAGCUUAGAUCUCCAAGAUAUGUUGAUGAGUUCAGCUCCCUGGCGACCUAUUGGAAGUCCUGGACUGAAUGGAAAGGAGGAUGACAAGGACUUGCUUUCUGGCGAUUGGGUUGAUAAGAUCAUGGUGAAAAAACAUGACACUGCAAGUAGAGAUGAAAAUCCGAUGGGACAUUGGGAAGUUGACAACAGACAAUUGCCUGAAAUGUUUGGUCAGAGUUAUCUCCAAGCUCCUUCAAAAAUACACCCAGAACUAACAGCAAACAAAAAAGAUAGCCUGGAUUAUGAUGUAAUUAGCGGUCGGUAUGAAACGGCCACCGACGACUCCGAUGAGCAUGAGGCUGCAACUAGCGAUUCCUCAGAACCAGACAUGCUUUGGCAACUGAAUCUUCCAAAGGGUACCAGCAUUCCCACUGGUUUGGGGUCAAAAGCAAAGAAAACAAAUGUGAAGCCAGUAAAGAGCCUGGAAUUCAGGUCUUCAAUUCCAUCACUGAGUCCUUCUCCAUCACGGAUCAAACCACCCAAUGGGGUAAGCCAACCUUUGCACAAGCCUGGAAGGCAGGCCAUUCCAGCUGAUGGAAAGCGGAGAAGUGGGAAUCACAAGUGAGAAUACUGUUAAUGGGGUAUUGAAGAAGUUGUUUUAUAUAUAUAUAUGAUUCUUUUUUCUUUGUAUUUAUUAUGUAGUUGGAGAGAGAGAAAGGGAGA